CAUCUGUCUCAUAAUAAAUACCGCGAGGCGGAUGUUUAUGGGCAUCAUUGGUGUGUAACAUUAGUAAGCAAGCAAGCGUGCGAGCUAGCUAGCCUCCCAGCUAGUAGAAUAGGCUGAGUAACGUUAAGUAUACUUAGGGUCAUAGCAGGUGCAUUGGUUGUCUCCGCCAGCCUGAGCUAUUCGCGUCAGUCAGUCACGUUAGACCUAACUGCUGUCAGUUGUAGUAGUGUCAUUAAGAUUUAAUGCGUUCUCAUGUGCCAGCUGCAUGCCGUGACAAGUGACAGCAUGAUAGGGUUAGGUUAGCUAAUAUACGUUUUGGAGAGUUGCUCGCUGUGGCUAACUCGCUGAAUUGUAGCUACUCGGUGCUCUAACCCGCAACAGGCGUCGGUGAGGCUGUUAAACAUCCAACCGCCUAGCGUAGCAUCUGAAAACCUUGGCAGCUACGGUUAAGCGUCACUAAGCUUGGGGAGGAUUAUUAGCUGUGCGGUUUUCAGUGCAGUAACGGUACUCUGCCUAGUGUUUCACGUUUCAGGCUGUGGCUUAUCGUGGCUCAUCAGAAACACGAUAUAGAGACGGCUGCAAGCACAGAAGAGAAAGUAACGCUGUGGAUUGAAUUCACAUGAGGGUGUAGAAUCUCAUCUCCUGCUAUGAGAGGUGACUGACAGGUGUGUGGGUGAGGAGAUAUGAAUAAACCCAAAAUGGCUUUGGAGAAAGGUGUUCCCAGCAGCUCCAGGGUACUGAUGUUACUGGGCCAGCUGGAGAGAAUGAACGGAGAGGCCAUGCUGUCAGAAUCAGAGGUCAGCCGGCAGAUCACCAGCAAGAUCCUGCACCUCAUUCAGACCCAGGAAAAGACCAGGAAGGAGCUGACUACUAAGGGCUCCGGUGGAAUGGAGGUCAUCUUGGCCACACUGGAGAACGCACGGGACCUGCAGACCAUCUUGAAUAUCCUGUGCAUCCUGAAUGAGCUGCUGAGCGUAGGUGGAGGAAGGCGGAUAGGUGUGUGUGUGAGUAAAGGUGGCACAGCCGUGCUGCUACAGCUGCUGAUCAGCUCCAGUAAGGAAACUCCUCCCAAUGAAGAACUCAUGCUGAAUGUCCACUCGCUGCUGGCCAAAAUAGGACCCAAAGAUAGGAAGUUUGGUGUGAAGGCUCGUCUGACCGGGGCGCUGAACGUGACUGUUAACCUCCUGAAGCAGAAUGUCCACAACAACAAACUCCUGUUGCCAUGCCUACAGGUGCUGCGUGUCUACUCAGCCAACUCGGUGAAUGCAGUCUCAUUAGGAAAGAAUGGAGUUGUGGAGUUGAUGUUUAAAGUCAUCGGACCCUACAGCAAGAAGAACACCAGUCUGAUGAAAGUGGCAUUGGACACACUAGGAGCAUUGCUGAAAUCCAAGAUGAAUGCCCGGCGUGCUGUGGAGAGGGCACAAGUGGCCACCCUGCUGUCCAUCUACCAGGACUGGCACCGCAACGACACACGCCACCGCCACACCCUCAUCCGCAAGAGCAUUCUGGGAUGCCUGAAGAACGUCACCAACAGCAAGCUGGGCAGGAAGGCCUUCAUUGAGGCCGACGGCAUGAGGAUCCUCUACAACACAUCCACUGAGUGCCUACCUGUGCGAACCCUGGACUCACUGGUGAGCACGUCCAGCCUGAUCAUGAGGAAGUGCUUCCCUAAGAACCGGCUGCCGCUGCCCACCAUUAAGAGCGUGUACCUGCACGCACUACCACACGUGCCAGCAGGGGGCCCCGUGGCGCAGCUCUACAACCAGCCCCCCGGGGUGGACGACGUGGUGGACGAGAGUGAUGAUAACGAGGACAUGGAGCUGGAGACUGAGAACGACACGGAGAACGAAGAGGACGACAAGGACAAGGCUGAAAACGACGACUUUGAGACGGACAUUGCUAAGCUGCGGCCCAGGCAGGGACAGACACGGCCCUUCGAUGAGCUGAGGGUGUACGAGCGCUUCUUUCUGGAACUUUCUGAGGACUUUCAGGAAUUUGACUUGACCGACUCCAAGGCGGGUGUGGGGGUGACACCGGCCCCGCCCCUUCCCAAGCCCCCCAAGCCAAUCCUGGUCCCCUCUGGCCAAGCCCCUCCCAAACCCCCCCAGGAGGCCGCCCCCAAGCCCCCGCGGGGGGAGACAGGCGAGCCCCUGGAGCUGGAGAGCAUCGGCCUGAAGUGCGCCCCAGAGAAGCUGCUCCAGGGGGAGAGCCUCCGCCCCGUGCCCCCAGCGCAGCCCCUACAGGGGGGGGGGACGGCCACGCCGCGGGGCCUGGAGCCUCUGGAGCCUCUGGAGCCCCUGGAGCUGGAGCUGAGCAGCAGCCUGAGCCGGCUGGGUCUGGAGGGGGGCGGCGGCGUGGAGGACGGCGGGGGGGAGCAGGGCGUGCUGGAGGUGCCCGACACGGCGGCGCUGCUGCCCCUGCACGACCCCGAGCUCUACAUCCAGGUGGCCAAGAGCACGCGCUCCGUGCCCAGCUACACGGAGGUGGCCUACCCCGACUACUGCGGCCACCUGGCCCCUGGCUCCCCCGAGCCCAUCCUGGAGAGAGUGUACGGUGUGCAGAGGACUAAGAUCUUUCAGGACAUUGAGCGUCUCAUCCACCCCGGUGACAUCCUGGAUAAAGUAGUCUAUGAUCUCGACCUGCAGAGCUGUCCGGUCAUCGACGACGGAGAGUCACUCAAGUUCAACUCGCAGUUUGAGUCUGGAAACCUGAGAAAGGCUGUCCAAGUCAGGAAGUACGAGUAUGAUUUAAUCUUGAACUCAGACAUCAACAGUAAUCACUACCACCAGUGGUUCUACUUUGAAGUGAGCAGCAUGCGGGUGGGGACGCCGUAUCGCUUCAACAUCAUCAACUGUGAGAAGGCCAACAGUCAGUUCAACUAUGGUAUGCAGGUGCUCAUGUACUCUGUCCAGGAGGCCAUCAGUGGACGGCCGCAGUGGGGGCGAACUGGUCAAGACAUCUGCUACUAUAAGAACCAUUUCUCCAGGAGUUCCAUCGCAGCGGGCGGCCAAAAGGGCAAGUCCUACUACACUAUGACCUUCACUGUGACCUUCCAAUACAAGGAGGAUGUCUGUUACUUCGCCUACCACUACCCCUACACCUUCUCCACCCUCAAGAUGCAUCUUCAGAAGCUGCAGGAGAAGUGUGCGGACGGUGUGUACCUGCGUGAGGAUGUGCUGUGUGAGACGCUGGGGGGCAACCCCUGUCCUCUCCUCACCAUCACCGCCAUGCCCGACAGCGCCAACACAACACACAUCAACCAGCUCAGGAGUCGGCCGGUGGUGUUCCUGACGGGGCGGGUGCACCCGGGCGAGACCAAUGCCAGCUGGGUGAUGAAGGGCACGCUGGAGUUCCUGACGGGCAGCUCCCCCCUGGCACAGAGCCUGCGCGCCUGCUUCCUCUUCAAGGUCAUCCCCAUGCUCAACCCAGACGGGGUCAUCAACGGCAAUCACCGCUGCUCUCUCAGUGGGGAGGACCUGAACCGGCAGUGGCAGCACCCCAUCCCUGACCUGCACCCCACUAUCUACCACGCCAAGGGCCUGCUGCAGUACCUCAACGCCAUCCAGAGGGCGCCACUGGUGUUCUGUGACUACCACGGCCACUCCCGUAAGAAGAAUGUCUUCAUGUAUGGCUGCAGUGUCAAGGAGACAGUCUGGCAGACCAACAUCAACGCCCCCUCAUGUGAACUGCACGAGGACCUGGGCUACAGGACGCUGCCUAAGCUGCUGUCCCAGCUGGCUCCGGCCUUCAGCAUGUCGAGCUGCAGCUUCGUGGUGGAGCGCAGCAAGGAGGCCACGGCCCGUGUGGUGGUCUGGAGGGAGCUGGGUGUCCAGCGCAGCUACACCAUGGAGAGCACCCUCUGCGGCUGUGACCAGGGCAAAUACAAGGGUUUGCAGAUUGGCACGCGUGAGUUGGAGGAGAUGGGGGCUCAGUUGUGUGUGGCACUUCUCCGCCUGCACAGACUCACCUCCCCGCUGGAGCUGCACACACACUCACACACACACACACACAUGCUGGAGGUGGAGAACGAGCUCAUCGAGACGCAACGCUGCAGCGUCACUACCAGCCCCACCACGUACGUGUUAGCGGAGGACGAGCCGGUGCUGGAGGAGGUGGACUACAGCGCCGAGAGCGACACCGACCACGACCUUCAGGACCCCGCGGAGCCGCUGUCCGACUCCGAGCUCAACGACAAGGACCCGCUCAGCUGAGCGUCCAGUCAGCGCCACCCGCCCGCCCGCCCGCCCGCCCGCCCGCCCGCCCCAGCAUUAACACGUAGACACCCAGACUUACCAACCAAACCCUCAGCUGCACAGCCUGCCCAGCCCGCAUACCUGUACACCAUUAUUAUUGUUCUUGACAUCCAGUAGCCCUGUUAUACCUGAACACUCACCUCACCUCACCUUACUGCUCAGCCUUGCUGGAACCCAGCCUCAUGUGAGAACCUGAACAUCCAGGCUUAUCUAGGUACCUGAACACCUUGAGCACCUGUGUUACUUGAACACUUCUGUCUCACCUGGUCGACUGACCACUUUUGCCUCACCUGAACACCUGAAUGGUCCUGUUCAGUAUGACAGGAAAGAACAAAAACUUAACUAUGAGAUAACAGCAUUACGAACACACACACACACACACACACACACACACACACACACACACACACACACACACGCACGCGCGCACACAAACACAUAUACUCUUGGUAUGCAUUUGAAAGACGGCACAUUAGACCUGCUGCAAAGGUACACAAAUAGAACAUGUUUUACAGGCACACACACACACACACACACACACACACACACACACGAACUACACAGAACAUGAAUGUACUAUAAAGCCUUUCACUAUCCUGUAAAGCCUAUCUAUGUAUGUAUGCACUACGCCAGGUCAGCAGGUCACUCCUGCCAGUGUUUCUCCUGAUGGGUGUGUAACUUCAGAAGAGUGUUUUUGUGUACACAACACACACACACAUACCUAUAGUACUUUCUGUCUCCGCACCUGUCUUUGGGAGGAUGAUCUCAUUGUUGGAAUGAGGUCCCCAUGGAGAUGACACGCCCACAGAGAUGUUGUUGCUGUGGAGACGAUGUUCCAUUGGGAAAGGAUCUAUUUUUUUUUUUGUCUGUUUGUUUGUUUUAGCUGUAGAUAUUUUUUGGGCUCUUGUACAGUAGUGCAUGACUUCUGAAUGUUGCCUUUCUUAAUUUAUUUGUUUUAUUGAUUUUUGUGAUAAACCCCUUGUGUCAUGAAGUACAGUGUGUGAGUGUGAGCGUGACUGGGAGUGAGCUAGCACAUGUGUUUGUGUGAAUGAACCGUUGGAAGUGCCCAAAUAUUUGAGUGGAGAGAAAUACAAAAACAAAAACAAAAAAACAAACGUGAUGUUAGCUUUGAUGGCGCUAUGUAACAUGUGAAAGAUUUCAGUGAAAUUAUGGGAAAUAAAAAGGCUGGAGACUGCCUGGCCACUGCUCAGCCUC